GGGGUUGGUGAGGAGGACGAGGAGGAGGAGGAGGAAGGCGUGGCGUCGCUAGGGCGGCAGCCGCCGCGGGCAUCAGUGUGUCGGAAGGGCGGGGAAGAGGUGCCCGUGUCCCGCACGGCGGCGGCACCACCACCAUCAUGCAGAACGUCAUCAACACGGUGAAGGGGAAGGCGCUGGAGGUGGCCGAGUACCUCACCCCCGUGCUCAAGGAGUCCAAGUUUAAAGAAACUGGAGUAAUUACGCCUGAAGAAUUUGUUGCAGCUGGAGAUCACUUAGUUCACCACUGCCCUACUUGGCAAUGGGCUUCAGGAGAAGAACUAAAAGUCAAGGCUUAUCUCCCAACAGAUAAACAGUUUUUGGUAACUAAAAAUGUGCCGUGCUACAAAAGGUGUAAGCAGAUGGAGUACUCAGAUGAGCAGGAAGCAAUUAUAGAAGAAGAUGAUGGAGAUGGGGGAUGGGUAGAUACUUUUCACAAUGCAGGUAUAAUGGGUGCAACAGAAGCAGUUAAGGAGAUCACACUAGACUGUAAGGAUAAUAUAAAAAUACCAGAAUGUUCCGUAUCUUGUGAAGAUGAUGAGGAAGAUGAAGGAGAAGCUGCAGACAUGGAAGAGUAUGAAGAAAGUGGGCUAUUGGAGACAGAUGAUGCAACACUUGACACAAGACAGAUUGUAGAAGCUAACAAAGCUAAAGCUGAUGUUGGAGGGGAAGAUGCUAUUCUACAGACUAGAACUUAUGACCUCUACAUCACAUACGACAAAUAUUACCAGACUCCAAGGCUCUGGUUAUUUGGAUAUGAUGAGCAACGGCAGCCUUUAACAGUAGAGCAUAUGUAUGAAGAUAUUAGUCAAGAUCAUGUCAAAAAAACAGUGACCAUUGAAAACCAUCCUCACCUUCCUCCACCUCCCAUGUGCUCAGUUCAUCCGUGCAGGCAUGCGGAAGUGAUGAAGAAGAUAAUCGAGACUGUUGCAGAAGGUGGGGGAGAACUUGGAGUUCACAUGUACCUUCUUAUUUUCUUGAAAUUUGUACAGGCGGUCAUUCCAACAAUAGAAUACGACUACACGAGGCACUUUACGAUGUAACUACAAUAAGAGAUGUCCUCCUCUAAUUAUCAGAUCUUUUUUUAACUAACCCAUCCAUGUGACUUAUACACCAUUAUACACAAUUUCUGUAACUAAACUUUUAUCAAGUUGAUGCAUUAAAAUAAAAUGUUCCAUUACCAGCCUUUUUAAUAAAAAUCUUUGUGUGUAAUAUAAAUAAAUCACUUUCAUUCCAAUACAGACACUGCACCAAGAGAUGGGAUUUUUUUUAUCCAUAGUUCCUUCAAUUUACUUUCACCAGAAGGCUAUUUUUUUCUACAUUGAAGCUAAAAUCUAUUUUUCUAGUAGAAUCUGGAUGCUUUUGGCUUUGUUACUGAUUCCUGAAAAUGCGAUAUUUUCUUUUUCCCCCUCCUAUUUAAAUUCACUUGAGAGUUAUGUGGGGUUUUUCCUAGUUAUGGAUGGUUGUGUUUCCUCUAGCUGGAGGAGGAUUUUAAAAGCUGAAAGAAAAUUGGUGAUCAUCUUAUUGGGGAAAGUUUGACUAUAUCUUAAACUGAAACAGCUAUAACUAACCAAUCUUUGAAAGCUCAUUUAGAUUUACACUUGAGCAAGAUUAGUGUUCUGAGAUGGAAUUUUUGGGGAGACAAAGGAGGAAUAUUAGUAUCUAGUCUGUUCAUCUUGUAAUAAAGGCAAGAGCAGUCUUACUGACAAAAGUACAGCUUGAGAUUAAAGGGAGAAGGUGGCUAUGACAGAGCAAGGUUCAGUCUUGAUUACUUGUCUGCCUCAAACUACCCUAACGCGUAGUCUAAUAGCAUGGUUUCCUUUUUGGGGUAAGUAAAUAUAUAGGGAGAUGUGUAUGAAUUCAGAUAUUGCAGAUGUGUCCAGGCUUUAGCAGCCA